AUGGUCGCGCCCACUUCGGCACGGAGUUGUAUGACCAAAGCGGCCUGGACUCGCGAUCCAGACCCACUGUCGACGCGGGAACCUCCGAGCUUACUUCGUCACCUUUAUCCACUUGCACCACUUGCACCAAGUGCCUCAGAUUUCGUUACGUUCGCAUCGUCGUCGAUCAUGGACGCCAAGUCGUUUUUGGUAGUUGCAGACCCGUCCGUGAUCGAGCUGUUUACGCUGCUCUCGGGAUGUGUUUCUUACAAUCCAGAAUUGAGGGAGGUGGUUGAACGCGACAUGAGUGAGCCGUCCACGGUCAAGAUCUACUGCGACGUCAUUGUUGCUUGCCUUCCGAUGCACGUGUCCCCCGAAUGGACACCCCGUGAUGACUAUCCACCGAACAAAACCCCGUUCAUUCAGCCUGUCCAGUCAAGCUUGAUUCCUCUCAUCGAAGCUCUGUUUGCCAGAAUUGAGAAAUUUCCUCGUCUUCUGAAAGCAAUUGAGUAUCAGAUGUAUGAUCCGAUUUGCCAUGAAAAGGUCGCCGAUACCAUGGUCGCCAUGGUUCAAUUCUCGAUGCGCAAGACGCCGCUUGUGAUUGACAACAUUCGAGCUCGCAGCUCGUUUCCUGCAGCCACUCAUAGCGGCGACACCUCGACGAACGCUGCCACCUAG